AUGGAACGUGGAGAGUUUCUCACGCUUGUUGCUUCCGCAGAGGCUAGCAAUGAACACCCAUUGGCAAAAGCUAUAGUUGAGUACGCUCGGCAUUUCCAUUUCUUUGAUGAAUCUACCGAGGACGGUGAAACAAAGAACAAAGUGGGAAACCGUAAACUUAUGUCAGAAAACUCCAUUACCAUUCCAGACCACAAAGAGAAUUUUAUCGAGGAGCUUGAAGAAAGCGCAAAGACAGGAGUCAUUGUAGUCUAUAACGGUGAAUUAUUUGGUGUCAUGGGAGUUGCUGAUCCACUAAAGAGAGAAGCUGUUGUAGUCGUGGAAGGUCUCCUUAGAAUUGGUGUUCGACGUAUAAUGAUUACAAGUGAUAACUGGAGAACAACAAGAGCAGUCGCCAAAGAGGUAAAAGAAAACAUUUGUGAUGUGAGAUCUGAAGUAAUGCCAGCAGAAAAAUCUGAAGUGAUUCAUUCACUGCAAAAAGAUGGAAGCACAGUGGCCAUGGUUGGAGAUGGAAUCAAUGACUCGCCAGCUCUAGCCGCUGCUGACGUGGGAAUGGCCAUUGGUGCAGGGACUCAUGUAGCAAUAGAAGCAGCUGAUUACGUUCUGAUGAGAAACAACUUAGAAGAUGUUAUUACAGCCAUUGAUCUCUCUCGCAAAACCUUAACAUGA